UUAGCACACACGCUUGACUGGUGUGAGUAAUGUGUAAGACAUUAAUAAACAAGGAAAGACACAAAAUAAACAAGCAAAGCCUUGGCUUGGAUACGUGUGUCUGUUGCCAAAACGUGCAAAGCAAUUUAACAGCUGCGCAUCCGAGCGGGCAGUAAUUGGGCAGCGGAGAUCCACAGCAGAUGAGGGCAUUUCAUGUCCAGCCUGCCCAGGAUUCACUGUGACCCCGACGGAAAGGAGUUCGACUUGACAGGAUGGGGGGAGUAAGUGAAGGAGAUGAUGUGUUGGCUCGAUGGAGUGAUGGACUACUGUACCUCGGCAAUGUGAAAAGAGUAGAUGGAGUCAAGCAGUGUUGUCUGGUGAGAUUUGAGGACAACUCCGAGUUCUGGGUGCUGAGAAAGGACAUUCACUCGUUUGCUGCUGGAGUGGAAGAAGUUUGCUGUAUUUGUGACGCUCCGCCUCUUAAAGAACCCCUCAUAAAUUGUCUUAAAUGUCGCCACGGUUAUCAUCCAGAGUGCCACACGCCAACCAUCGAACCGGAAGCUGACAGCGAUUCGUGGAUAUGUCGGCAAUGUGUCUUUGCAGUUGCAACCAAGAGAGGCGGGGCGCUGAAACGCGGACGCUUCGCCCGGCUCAUGCAAUUCAUGAAACUCCGGCUCCCCUACCAGCUGCCGUCUCUAGACUGGGACCCGCAGCAUCUGACCAAUCAGCAACAGUGCUACUGCUACUGUGCCGGACCUGGAGAGUGGAACCUGAAGAUGUUACAGUGUGGGAGCUGUGGUCAGUGGUUCCACGAGGCCUGCACACAGUGUCUAACCAAGCCGCUGCUGUAUGGAGACAGGUUUUAUCAGUUCCAGUGCUCAGUGUGUACAAAGGGACCAGAGACCAUCCAAAGACUACCCAUGACCUGGAUGGAUUUGGCUCAUUUAGUGCUCUACCAUCUCUCGCUGUGCUGCAAGAGGAAAUACUUUGAUUUUGACCAUGAAAUCCUGUCCUUCACCAAUGAGAAUUGGGACUCGUUGCUCCUAGGCCCGCUCUCUGACACGCCAAGGCAAGACCGCUGUCACAAUCUCCUCAACGCUCUGAACUCCCACAAGGACAGGUUUGUCUCUGGAAAGGAGAUCAAGAAGAAGAAGUGUCUUUUUGGGCUUCAGGUCCGAGCCCCGCCUCCGCUGACGUCCGAUUCGUCGCCCCUCAUCACCGACCCACCUAUCAACAUCACACACCGGAGAAGGUCAGACCCGUUGUCACUACCCUGCCAGAGGAGAGUGGGGGGGCCGGAGUCGCGUAAAUCAAAGCGUCGCAUCAUGGAGACACAGGCUUGUCCACCUCCAGUUGCUGCCAACCCCAUUGAGCUGCUGCCAUGUUGCCAUGGCUACAUGGGAGGAGCCAGCCUUUACAACUCCAGGAAGUCAGAGGAGGAGCUUAGUUUGAGCUCUCCUCCCAAGCGGAUGUACGCGCUGUACCACACCACGUACAAUGGAAACACUUCUCUCUCCAGGAGUCUACAUCACUACAACAGCGUGGAGGACACCUGCAGAGUACCGCCACCUUGCUUCCCAUACCCCCUCAACUCCAAUGGCAACCAUCACCACCACCACUCCCACCAGCACCAUCACAGCCACCAAAACAACCACCAACACAGCCACCAACACAACCACCAACACAACCACCAACACAACCACCAACACAACCACCAACACCAGCCGGGGCAGAAGCAGCUGGAGCCCGUCAUCCUACGAGAUGCGCCCCCGUACCAGGCCGGUAUGGGCGGAGGUGGAGGGGGUGGAGUUGGUGGAGGAGGUGGUGGUGGAGGAGGAGGAAGUGGAGGUGAAGGUGGAGGUGGAGGAGGAGGAGGAGGAGGAGGCGUGGUAGUCGGAGGUGGGGACGGGACUGUGUCCAGGAGCUGGGGAGGAGGGGAGGCGGUGAGGAUCUUGGCGAGACGCGUCACACCGGACGGGAAGGUGCAGUACCUUGUGGAGUGGGAGAACGUGAAUUUGUACUGACACGGAGAGUAAACAGGAGACGCAAUGACUGUUUUGCAGUUGCCACAGGAAUACUGUGUAUGUAAUAUGUGGCAAUAUGUGUUUAAAGUACAAACAAAACAAAAAAAGAACAAAAAAAAUCUCUACACGUUGCAAAUCCAGGUUGCUCUCAUAGUAUCACCUCUAUUCUACACCUUAUAACUCACUACUUGUGACUAAAUGUCCCUCUUUGCUAGUGUUUCUCUGAUAUUUGUACUGUUAACUUUGGAAUAUGCCUUUUGCAUUUAUCAUGUUUAACAGUGAUGAGGGAAGAUAUUUAAACCUCCUGAUGGUUUGUUAAUGAAUCAAGAAGAGCACGUCUUGUGUUGGUAUACAGCACUGUCAAUAAGAGUGUAGUUCAAGAAAUUAAAAGAAAGAUUACUGCUUUUUUAUUGCUCGAGUAAUGGUGAUAGUAUUAUAAAUUAAUGUCAUUUUUUUCUCCAAAAUCAAACAGUAGACUUCCACUGUACAUGCUGGUUAUUUAAAGAUAUAGUUUGACAUUUUGGGAAACACACUAAUUCUGCUUUCCAGCCCUUCUGAAGCUCACCAAUUAACGCUGGUUGAUUUUGUGUGUUUUCUCUGCCGACAAGAUGACAUAAAGUCACUGUAGCUGUCCAAGAAAUAGACCUUGCUGCUUCUAGUCUUAAUGCUAAGUAUUAACAACAAAGUAUUAUUAGUUAAUGUUCAAAAAUGUUCUUUAAAAAAUAAGUUGAAUAUGAAUAACAUUAGGACAAAAUAUUUUUGAAAUUAUAAUAAUUAACAAACAAUUUGGCUUGUAAGCACAACGCGUAUUUGAAUGAAAUACGAGCUAUAUAUUGGGAAAAAGUGAAAGUGUCUUUGAUGCUUUUCCAGCAUUUCAAUUACUACAUUUUAAGGUGUACUCAGACCUUACUUUACAUUGACUUAUAAUAAUUUAACUGCUGUUGAAAGGAAGAUAUUCAAUAGCCUGGCUGUAAAGAAAAUUCUGUGUUCAAACCAAAUCUAGACUUCUGAAUGACCUAACCCAAAACACAAAAACUGAGCUUUUUGGACACUUUAAAGGGACGUCCACCCCAAAAUAAAAAAAAUUAAAAUGCAUAUUUUUCAUCUUCCCUGUAGUGUUAUUUACUGAUGUUGAUAGUUUUUGGUGUGAGGAGUCUGCCAGAGAUAUAAAACUAUACUAUACUAUAAGUUGGUUCCUUCUUUAGAAAGAAAAUAGUUCCUUGUUGUGAUUUAAAAGUAUCGAGUCAUGAUUUCUGAAAAGAGACAUUGCAAUUCAGUUAUUUUAAAUGUACUUUUCUUUUUACACUUUGAGCACCACAAACCGAGUGCCGACACACACCGAAACAAUCUAUAUUUGAUUUGAGGGUAAACUGUCCCUUUAAAUAAACCGCUUUGAUGCUUUUGGCACUUAAAAUAAGAAGUGAACUCUUAAAACAAGAUAAAUUAUCUAACACUUCUAAAUUUUAGAUCUAAAAAGUUUUUUUUAUCUUGGUAAGAAACAAAUAAUUGUCAGUGCAGCUUUAAUUUAUCUUGUUUUAAGAGUUAAUUCCUUAUUUUAAGUGUUCAACAUGCUUAUUUAUAGAUUUAAUAAUCUUAAUUUAAGAAAGCUUGUCAAAUUAAAUUAUCUGUCCAUGCAGCAAGAUCAUUUCCCUCAGAUUUAGUGUUUUUAUCUGGUUUUUAGACACACCUUUUUUUGCAGUGUAAACUUAACAUAAUAACUGUAAACAUUAAAAAAGUAACAUUCCCUGGAUCUGAUGUGGCUCUACAAGGAACAAGCAGCUCAGCAGCUAGCAUCCACGACCGCACGUCCAUCAGCCGUAGCUCUGAUAACUGUUCAUUCAUCAGCUGAUGGUUAAUAUUCACAUGGAAAAUAAACAGUGAUGAAUGGCCCGUCAUCAGUGAGAGGCAUGGCGGUCGCUGGUGGCUGCUCAUGAAAAAAGCAAUAGCCUUUUGUUGGCCGGGAUGAGACGGAGCAGCGCAGCCACUCUGACAGUGUUUCUGGCCACACAGAUGGAAGUUUAACGCCUUUCUUAAGGGCACGCUGACAGCAGCGGUGCAGCUCUUUCUUUUACUCAGAUGGCAGCUUGUCUGACUACAAAUUCUCUGGAGGUCCAAAUAUUUUCCCUCAUCGCAGUAUGUUAAUAAGAGAUUGUAUACAUGUUAUUACGGGGGUUACUUAUUUGUUAUGUUAGAUUUUACAUGCAUAAUUUACAUUUAGACUACUGUACGUAUUAGAAAUAGGAGCCACGAGAGGGCUUUUGUUUUAUAGAUAGAAUUAUAUAUUCACAAUAUAUUGCUAUGAUCGAAUAACUUUAUUUUAUUUUUUUGACGUGGUUGCAUAGUGCCUAAAUGGGUUGUGUACCUGCCGAUUGGUCUGCUGACCCGAGUCGACCAAUCAGACGCCAGAUAGAUGAUCGAGGCCAUAUUGCUACGAAAACAAGAGGAUGGCUCUUUAUCAGAUACAACUACGUGGGUAAACGAGGACCAGUUGUAAUGUUGAGUAUUUUUUUUGUUUUUUUGUUUAACCAGAACAGGACUGUGAUGUUAAUGUACAUUCCAAACAACAAAAAAGAAAUAUAUAUGUUAUUGAAAUGUCUGUUUGAAGUCAUCAGAAUGGAAAUUAUUUUAAAAGAAUGCAUUUUUGUUUUUGAUGAAUGUUCAAUGUCUUAAAGAGGUCAGAUAAAGGUCCAGUUCAGGUCCAGGUUCAGCUUCACGUGGGGAGUUCAGUCCUCAAAGUAACAGUACAGGUAAAGAAGACACUGAUAGGCCCGACUCCGAACUCCAACCGAUAGUUUCUUCCAGGGUCUAACAAGUCUAUAAUUUAGAAGACACAACAUGGCAUUAAGUCAAAGCCUGACUUCUUCUCAGAUGUGUUUAUUGCGGGAGUGAGGAGCUGAAGUUGGAUUUUCUCUUCGUGCAAACAGGUUACAUAAAUCUAGAAUAUUGUGGUGCAAGUUUCAGAGUUUAUAUUUUAUACAGAGGUUUAUUUCAGCAGUCCGUUCGAUAAAACUUACACACAACGUAUACAUUUUGUCAGUUUUAUCUUUCAGGAAAAGUCUAUUACAGGUUCAGUUGAAAAAGCAGCAAAAGACAAAUACAGCAUUUAUACUGUUAUAAUCAAACCAAUGCAAAACUCUCAGAUUUUAUUUAAAUACCGACCUCUCUGUUGAAUUAUCUCCUGCGUACAUUUCAGGACAGUAGAAAAUUAUGUUGAUUGCAAUUUUCAUCCUCCUCAGUGACUAUUUGACUGUAGUUUAUUAGGAAGGAGUGUGUUGAACCUUUCUAGGCGAUGGUGAUGAAUGUAUCUGUGUGUUUUCUAUGGUAUGUCUAUACCCGUCAAGUGCUUGUUAUAGGCUGUACUCGAGGUGGCACUCAAACUUGAUUUGUUUAAAACAAAAAACAAAAAAACAAGAGAGAGAGGAGGAAAUAAAGACAUCAACAUUGAGGAACAUUGUUUUAUUUUGGGAGAGGUAGUCUUCUUUUUCUGAUUAGUAGUCAAGUCCAAGUUCAGUUUGAUGUAUUUUUGCAGAAAUUACGUUUGUACAUGUAUGCUCUGCGUUAACACCUUAUAUGUAACAUGAAUAAUAAAAAGGUUUCACCUCA